GGAGAGAGUGGGAAAAGCACGUUCAUUAAACAGAUGCGGAUAAUCCAUGGCUCGGGCUAUUCUGAAGAGGAUAAAAAGGGUUUCACCAAACUGGUGUACCAGAAUAUCUUCACUGCCAUGCAGUCAAUGAUCAGGGCUAUGGAGACCUUAAAGAUCCUAUACAAGUAUGAGCAAAAUAAGGCCAAUGCACUACUGAUCCGGGAGGUGGACGUAGAAAAGGUUUCAUCCUUCGAACAACCCUAUGUAAGUGCCAUUAAAACAUUGUGGAAUGACCCAGGAAUCCAAGAAUGUUACGACCGGCGGCGAGAAUAUCAGCUCUCCGACUCCGCUAAAUACUACCUUACUGAUGUGGAUCGUAUUGCCACCCCAGGGUACCUCCCAACCCAACAAGACGUUCUGCGGGUCAGAGUUCCAACAACUGGGAUCAUAGAAUACCCCUUUGACCUCGAGAACAUUAUAUUCAGAAUGGUGGAUGUUGGUGGCCAGAGGUCAGAAAGGAGGAAGUGGAUACACUGCUUUGAAAAUGUAACCUCCAUCAUGUUCUUAGUAGCUCUUAGUGAAUAUGACCAAGUACUGGUGGAAUCUGAUAAUGAGAACCGCAUGGAGGAGAGCAAAGCCCUUUUCCGGACCAUAAUCACCUACCCCUGGUUCCAGAAUUCUUCUGUCAUCCUCUUUCUCAAUAAGAAAGAUCUGCUGGAAGACAAGAUAAUGUACUCUCACCUUGUGGAUUAUUUUCCAGAGUUUGAUGGCCCCCAGAGAGAUGCCCAGGCAGCCCGGGAAUUUAUCCUCAAAAUGUUUGUGGAUCUAAACCCCGACAGUGAUAAAAUUAUCUACUCUCACUUCACAUGUGCCACAGAUACGGAAAAUAUCCGGUUUGUCUUUGCUGCCGUCAAGGACACCAUCCUGCAACUCAACUUGAAGGAAUAUAACCUAGUCUGACCUUGAAUCGUCUGCCCUCUUCUCCCACCCUCCCAUCUGCCCCUCCCUUAAUCUCCUUGGGAGACCUUUUGUCGUGAAGAAAGUAAGACAAACGAAUCCCAUGAAUUUAAACAAACAAAAAAUGUACAGGAAAACAAUCUUGAUUUUUAAUGAUGUAAUGAUUGCAAAUUGUCUGAUCUGUGGAAUGGCAAUUUUUUUUUUUAGCUCACUGUUACCUUCAGUCUCAUGUCUGCCCCACAGAAAAGCUGAUUUUUUAAAAAAAAUUGCUUUUAUUUCAGUUUAAAAACAAUGGGGGACGUGUUUCACUCUUUCUCUCUGGCACCUUGUUAAUUUCCUGCUUUGUUGCCAGCAGUCAAGGCAGUUUCCUCUCAGACUCUGUCUGUUGCAUUAGUAAAUUCUUUUCCUGUCUGAUCUGGCGAUAAAUGAAUCCCAGACUAUCAAGCCAAAAUAAGGAUCUUAUUUGGCUGUGGGAGUAUGAAAUGCAGCUAGGACCUUCAGCUUGUGCCAUAUAAUGCCUCUGGUGUAACUCCUCCCCCCCCGCACAUCCUGACCAAAGGGAUAUGUGCCGAAAGGGUAUAUCUAGAUGACAUCACAAGAGGAAAAGCCCACUUUAUUUUGCAGUAGCGCAAAACAAGCCAUCCUUUGGUUCCUGCAUUUCUUUGUGCCGUUUUACUCUAGCUUUUUUCCUCUUACCAAUUAUGAAAGUUAUAUUGAGACUGUGAUUUUUUUUUUUAAAUUAUUGUUCUAUACAUAGUUUGCUACACGUGCUAUACUUUUGUUCAUUGACUACCAACCAAGCAAUAGCUAUCAAGCCUGGGGGAAGUGCCUGAUUGCGGUUUUUGUUUUGUUAUUUUUUGUUUUGUUUUGUUUUGUUCUGUUUUUGUUUUCGGUUUUAGCAUUUAAGAAAAAAAGUAAACUUGCUUCUCGCCCAGAGCUAGAGGCAAAGGUAUUCUGAGAGGGUGAUGUCCCUCUGGUGAAGCCCGAAAUCUGCACCAGAUUUUGGAUCAGAAGGAAGGUUUGAGGUUCUGACUCAUUCUCUUGGAUCCUUUUUGUGUGUGUGUUCUGCCAAUAACCCUUUGGGUUAGUAAGAGUCCUGACCCAAUGUGGCAGGUUUGGAGGAAGAACCUUCGUGGGGAGGGUUGGAGGCGGUGUCUGCAUUCUGAGUCAUGCUGAGGCAGCCUUUUGCCUCUCCUAAAAGUGUUGGAAGGGCUUGCAAGUUCUUUGAGUUGUUGCAGCCUCGAAGGGGGCCAAUUUGAAUGACAUUGCCAAGGCUGGUGUGAUCGGCGGCUGCUGCCACCCCUCUUCCCAUCUCCUGACCCUGGAUGGCUUUGUUCUGUCGGAAGCAAACUCACUCCGGGAGUGCCCGUGCGCACGCGUGAAAGAAGCCCGGGCCAGAACCAGCAGAAGGGCCUGUGGAAUGGAGAUGGUAGAGGUUAAGGUCUGAAGUGGGCAAGGUGAGAGGUUUCCACUUUUGGAUUCUCAGUGCCAAAUGUGUUCCCGUAAAACCUGCUUGAAGCCAGUGCCAAACCCCCAACUUUGCUGGUCUUUCUGGAAGGCAGAUUGCCACAGUACCCAACAAGUGACACUAGAGAAUAGAUGGGGUUUCUGAAUAUGUCCCCUGGAUGUAAUGUGUAGCAUCAACAGUAUAAGUGACUCGGAACUGCUAACCACCAAAUUUACAGAUGCCACAAGAAUCAGCCUUUUUAUGAAAAGGACAACAGCCCAACCCCCGUAAUGCGGGGUGGCAAAGGAUGGGAGUGUCAAAUAUGCUUUUACGUUGCAACGGGCAACACUAGUUGAACUUCCUUGCACGUGACGUAAUGAAGGGUUUGGGGACGUGUUUUGGUUCAACACAAAAACACUAAUUUCACAUGGACAUUUGCAGCGUUCCGGGUGGGGUGGGAGGGGUGGAAGAGGGUGCUGCCUUCAGCUUUCUGGGACUGCCCCAUAUUGUGGAACACUACGGAAGAAAGCCGGGGAGCUGCGUUUGGGAGGGGCUCCCGCUUGCUGUUGCAUGAUUUCCGACAACACGCCGUGAGUGAGAAGUUGUUAAAUUGGGAGACAGAUAAAGAGUAACUACACAAAAGGGCUUGUUGGGUUGAUGAGAGGGGAGAAUGGAGCAGUUGCUGUUUUCCAGCGUCACCAACAUUCCUGACUUAUUGUUCUGGUCUAAAUGUUUUGGGGAUCAUGUCGAGGGGGCAAAUGGAUCCCCUGGUAGGCAGAGGAAUAGCUAUGUGUUGAAUCUGUGUUUUCGCCCAAAGACCCGGAUUUUCUUCUGCAAGAGGAGUUCUGUUCUUGCAAAGGUGCCAUGGCCUGCUCUUGAAGCCUCUCGCCGGAAGCGUUCUCUUGCGCAGAGUGAGCCUCUGCCUCUGCGGCUUGGUUCAUGGCGACCCUUGGGCCUGCAGCUCUGAGAUGGGGAGCCGGGAAAGGGACUGCUUGGCCACCUCUCCUGCAUCGUCUUUCCAGGCCUCCCUGCCUGAAUCGGGGCCGGGGUCCUCCACAUGUGCCAAGGGGGCUUUUAGUCCUGUGCAGGCCAUUAACCUUUGGGCAAAUGGGGCGGGAGGGGCAGCUGGGGGCCGAGUGGAGAUUUGUGAGCGACCUCUUCUGUUCUUGUGAAGCCGCUUUGCACGGACCAGCCGUUGGGAUGGACGCCCCACCCCAGUUUCUGCUCCUGAAUGUGCCAACCCCCCUCGGCCAUCGUUUUGUUCCUCCCCCCCUCGGUUGGGCUGAUGGGAGCUGGUCAAGGUUCCAGAUGACCCCAAAAGAAAGAUGCAGAGUUUUCGAAAUCGGGCCUGUGCAUGGUGGAGGGAGCCAAAGUUAAGACGAGGGAGCAGUCUGACCAAGUUCUGUUCACAGUGCACUUUAUAUGAAGAGUCCUACUGAAGACGCACUAACCUGCUCGCACACUUCAUCUGACUGUAUGCGGGAAGAGGAUUGCAAAACGCAUCAUUCCAUUUCCUUCUGGAACUUUGCAACGAUUGGCCACCAGACUAGCAGCUGCCCCCCUCCCCUCCCCUCCCCUCGCCUCCCUUCCCUUGAAUCGAAUUAUUCAUCUGCUUUUGCCUUCUAUUGCGUGUUCCCCCCACCCACAUGUUUUAUUGCUACUUUGGGGAGGGUGGGUGUGCUGGCCACUGGAUUGCGCUUCACCGGAAAGGAAGGAUGAGUCCACCAUCUGAGGUUCCAAGUCUGUAAUUCAGUACUCUGUGUGUGCGUGUGCGUACGUUGUAUACUUUUUUUUUUUAAAGCAUUACAUGGUUUUGUGCCAAUGCCCCAUUCUUUCUUUAGUACCAGAGACUCUUUUACAAGUACCAGUGUGGUGAAAAAUUAUUUGGUUAUACUAGUAUAUUAUUAUAAUAAGAGAACCUGAUUUAAAAGAAUAACAUUUAAACAUCCUAUUUAAAAGAAAACAAACUACUAUAUAAAAAUGCUGUUUUUAAAACCUUUUUUGUCAUUUUGAACUUGCAUGUGGUGUUAACACGUGGGGGUGGGGGUGGGCAAAGGAGGGGAUUUGGAAUUAACGUGGCCCGGGAUUGGUUUUUUUUACCCACGUUCCUGUCUUGCUCUCCAACGGCGAGAAGGCAGAAACCGGGUUUCUCGGAACACUUGAAUUCUUUCAUCUGCUGGGUGCUGACCCUCCUUAUUUUAGAAGUACCUGAUGGAAAUUGAUUUUCAUAGCUUUCUCCUGAAUAAAUUGUUUGAAAUUGGAAUAAAAUUCAUUCCUUAC